AUGAACUAUCCUUUACUCUGGAAGUACUUCUACAAUGACGAAAUCGAGCGGUUUCGGAAACUACUGGCAAAUGCCAAUCAUAAUACACAACAUGCAUCGAAAGGCUAUGGUGGAGGGCCGGGCGCACACAGCUGGGGAAGCAUAGUGGGAAGUCCAGGCGCAAGCCCAUUUUCGACCUCACCGCGAGCAUUCAAGAACCGGAAAGUCUCUGGUCAAGCCGGUAACUUUGGUGGCAAGGGAGGCAACUCAAUUGGAAUAAGUCGGUCAGAUGUCAAUAGCAAAGACCACGCUGGAGUGCCACUCUUGUGCCGAAUAGUCUCGUCGAAGCUAGAGAACGCGGUUGACUUUGCCCUGGCCCUUAUUGAACAUCCUUUAAUCGACCUCUAUGCCCAGGAUACAGAGAAUGGAUGGACAGCCUUGCACAGAGCACUUUACACUGGGAAUGUUACCUUGGCACGGGUGAUCAUCGAGAAAGAUAGUCAUAACUUGCAAGAUACCUCGGCGCAAAGGGGGCCAACUUCUGUCAUCAAAGUGAAAGAUCAUGAAGGGAACAGUCCUUUUGACGUUUACAAUGCCACUAUCGCAAGGCGAGCUGCGCAGCGAAGAGGUGAUGGAGAAUCUGAUGAAGACUCCGAGGAGAACUCGGAACCCGAAGACGCCGAAUCUGGAGAAGGUGGCCAAAUAUAUUCAGUUAUCGAUGGUGAUGAAGUCUUUGCGUGGGGAAGUAGUAAGAAUUACAAUCUAGGGUUUGGAGAUCAAGAUGAUCGUCAGUACCCGGAAAAGAUCACAUUGAAGAGACCAGAUCACCUCCUAUUUCGUUUUUACCGGGAAUAUCUGGAGUCGAUCCAAAGCACCGACGAUGCGAUGUAUCAGACGCUGUCGAAGUCCAAUCCAAAGUCAGUCUCUGAGCUCCCAAGCCUGAUAUCUAAUCGUCCAAUUGUUGUUCAAGAUGUGGCUCUUUCAAAGCUCCAUAGCGCGAUUCUUACCAACGAUCCAGAGUGCAACCUAUUCAUGUGUGGUUUUGGGCCGGGGGGACGAUUGGGAACUGGUGACGAAGUGACUCGGUUUUCUUAUGUCUGCAUAGAGAAUGGACUCUCCGGCAAACAUAUCAUCCAAGUCGCGCUAGGGAACAACCACUCUUUGGCUGUGGAUUCUAAUGGAGAAAUAUUUAGCUGGGGCCAAAAUACACAUGGAGUCCUGGGGUAUUCUCUCCCCCGCCCAGCUUUGACUGACGAAGAUCCCAUAUGUUCUACCCCGCGCCAAAUAUUCGGCCCUUUGAAAAGGGAGCAUAUCAUUGGGGUAGCCGCUUCGGCAAUUCAUUCUGUUGCACAUACUGCCACCAGCCUUUUCACAUUCGGUAAGAACGAAGGCCAGCUGGGCUUGAUGGAUUCAGAUUCCAGAAGUCUUGAAGUACAGCCCAUACCUCGCAAAGUAGCGGCGUCUCUCUUCAAGGCUCCAAUUAAGAUGGUAUCAGCGAUCAAUCAAGCUACUAUUGUUCUGCUUGAGAAUCAUACGGUCUGUGUCUUUACCAAUUAUGGUUACAACAUUAUCAAGUUUCCAUCCAACGACGGAUUCAGCAAUUACCACCUGAAAAGCAACGCGUUUACAAGUCGGUCUGAUUCAUUGUCCGACAAUAUUACAAACAUCACAGCAGCUGGAGAUACCAUUGCAGCAUUCUCAACACAGAAUUUGUUCACGAUAAAUGUGAGGAAGAUUGAUUCCAAUUCGGCUACAAGUACAACGAACCCAGCGAAAAUCAAAGAUUCCUUGACAACCCCGCAACGAGUGUGGAGCUUGCGUAAAGGCCACUGGGACGGAAUCAAAUCUGCCUCGGUCACCGAAAAUGGGUCAGUGGUCGUUUGUACUCAAGCUGGCGCAGUCUGGCAGCGUAUCAAGCGAACCAAAGUCAAAGAUGCAUUCGCAGGAACGGGGACCUUUCAUCGCAAAGACUUCAAAUUUCAGCGUGUUCCUGGUCUUACUAAAGUCGCAGCUGUUCGCAGCACGGCAUUCGGUGUGUACGCGGCUAUCCGCAAAGAUUGCGAUGUGACGAAGACGCAAAUUGAAGUUGCUGGCCAGACUUUAUGGGAUGAUGUCAACCCUUUGCUUAGCAUUCGAGACCUAGAAGCCUCUGAGGUUUCGAAAGAGGACCAUUCGCCUCGAUUUUGGACGCCGAGCCUGCGAGAAGACCUAAUUGACCCCCUCAAAUGGGCCGUGCUAACAUCUCUGGACCUAGAGGCAGAUAUUGGUCGCCAUUUAUCCAAUGUCCAAGGCGACUACGACGCUGAGAUUGGCACCACGACGUCUGAUGUUCGGAUACCCGUGCACAGUUUCAUGAUUGCCAGGAGUUCAAUUUUGAGGACAAUCAUUGGUGAAUUCCGCCAGAAAGGUAGAGCAAAUAUUGCUGAUGUCCUGGAUCUUGAAGGUGGCCACCAUGGACGCACUACGGUCAUCUUUCAAAGCCUAGAUUUCAUCACACUAAUCAACUUGGUUCUCUACCUGUACACGGAUACAGUCAUUGAUGUGUGGCACUUUACCCGUAAUUCCCCAAAUAUGGCUUUCAGAUACCGGCAGAUUCGUGUAGAGCUUAUGAAGGUUGCGGCGCACCUGAAGUUGUCAAAGUUGGAAUCUGCAGUUCGGCUUAUGACGGAGCCCAAACCGUGCAUGAACCUUGACAUGGCACUUGCAAUCCAGGACCCCAGCUUCUUUGAUGAUUAUGAUACAAUCAUUGAAUUGGACGGAUCCGAAAUGGCUGCUCAUAGUGCCUUGUUGUGUCAAAGGUGUCCUUUCUUUGAAGGGCUAUUCAAUGGCCGUGCUGGAGGCCAAUGGUUAGAUGGCAGGCGAGAGGAGGGCUCGAAAGCUGUUCGAAUCGACUUGAAACACAUCAGCCCCAGCACAUUUGAGCUGGUAUUACGAUAUUUGUAUGCCGAUGCUGGACCAGAGCUCUUUGAUGAUGUUGUAUCGGCAGAUAUUGAUGAAUUCUCGGACCUAGUGAUGGAUGUUAUGGCUGCAAGCAACGAGCUUAUGCUUGACCGAUUAUCGCAAAUUUGUCAACAGACAAUUGGUCGUUUUGUAAGCACUCGCAACGUUUGUUACUUGGUGAAUGCCAUCGCCCCCUGCUCCAUCACGGAGUUCAAGGAUGCUGCUCUGGAAUACGUUUGCUUGCAGUUGGAAUCUAUGCUCGAAAAUCACUUGAUGAAUGAUCUCGACGAGGACCUUGUUUAUGAACUAGACGAAAUUGUUCGUGCCAAUCAGUUGGCAUGUCUGCCAUUUGCCAAAAGCGAGAGGGCUGAACUUCUGUUGCACGCCAGGCAUCCCAGCUUGGCGGGUGAUAUUGAUGAGGAACGACAACGAAGACUCCGCGAUAUGGCAUUUCGAGCGAAUCUUAGAGAUGACGAUAAUCGACAAUCUUCAUCCUUCCGAGCGCGUUUGGGAAGCCCUGAUGAUUUUAUGUCUGUGUCGCCGAGUCAAGAGAAGCUGCGACGGACAUCCAAGGGUCUUCGAAAUGAACCUUUUAGCCCAAUUAUUCGGCCAAAAGACUCUACGGUGGACUUGAUGUUUGAUAUGGAUGACGAUGAGCCUUUGGGCUCCCGAAAUUUACCAUCUCGAGUCCCAGAUCCUGUUCAGGGGUCAACGGCAAAAGCGGGAGAUGUCUCACCUGGUAAUAAGGAACCAUGGGCAGGACAAGAUCCCAGAUCUAUACCCGAUGAGGAAGUCUUCACCCUUCCCUCAAACCUAUCGAGUGUCGGGACUCCAAAAACACCUGAGAUGGCAGCACAAAUCUUGAACAAGUGGCCAUCGCCAGCCCUCCCAUCAUCGAAGCUCAACAUGAGAGAGAUUAUGGCUCAAGCCUCCUCUGGUCGAACAUCUAGCCUGUCGAUGAGUCUUUCUGUACAGAAGACUAAAGAUGCAGCUAGCAAUGAUGACGUUAAUAGUAGAGUCGAUACCAGUAGCAAGACGGCGCCUUCAAAGAUCUCUCAGAAGGAGCGAAAGAAGCAACAGCAGCAAGCGCUGCAACAAGCCAUGUCCAGUCCUCAGAUUAAUGUGGAACAAGCUGGUGAAAAGGCAUCUUCGCCCUGGCAAAUAGCUGCAACUGGGCCAAAGACCUCAUUGAAGGACGUGCUCAAGGAGCCAACGUCAUCACUAGGGUUGACUCCGAAGUCUGCGGAAUCCCCAAUUUCAUCUCGGCCAUUGACAGUGAGGCGCACUGCCUCACCAGACACCCGCUUCUCGGGUCAACAGAGGAGCAACAGUGCCCGCGAGUUUACAAAAGAGCACCGUUCUUCUCCAGCGGGCUCUUCGCGGGCCACUUCUGGAUCGAAAUCUGGAAAGGUAUCGCCUCACUCGAAAUCAUACAUCCCACCCGUUUCCAGGGCCGAGCCUUCCCUCCAGCUAUCAAUGUCGGACAUCAUUGGCCAACAGAGAAGAGAACAGGAAGUCAUCAAAGAAGCAGUGGCAAAGCGAAGUUUGCAGGAAAUUCAAGAGGAGCAGGCGUUCCAAGAAUGGUGGGACCAGGAGAGCAGAAAGGCACGGGAAGAGGAGGCUGUUAGAGCCAGGGUUAGUGCCCCUGGAGCUGCGCGCGGUGGCAAGAGUGGAGGUGGGCGGGGUAAAGGGGGGAAUAGAGGUAGAGGGGCGAGAGGUCGAGGUGAUGCUUCUUCACGGGGACGUGGAAGAGGGAAAGCCCAGGAGAAGAACACAGGGGCAACACAAUGA